AUGGCGUCAACAAAACUGUCCGUUAUCGUCACUGGCGCUGCCGUUGGCCUCGGCAAGGCGAUUGCCAUGGAGUUCCUGAAGCGUGGCUGGCAGGUGGCCCUCGUCGACAUUGCUGCCGAGAAGCUGGCGGCCACCGUCGACGCGAUCAAUGCGCUUGGCCAUCCUGGCGAGGCCCUUGGCGUCGCGGCCGACAUCACCGACGAGGCCUCUGUCCAGUCCGUCUUUGACAAGAGCGUGGCCGCGUUCGGCCAGGUCGACGCGCUCGUCAACUCGGCGGGCAUCAUGGACAAGUUCCACGCCGUCGGCGAGCAGGAUGUGGCGUUGUGGAACAAGGUGCUGGACGUAAACGUCAAUGGUGCGUUUCUGCUGUCGCGGCUGGCGGCGCAGGAGUUUUUGCGGGAGGGCCGUGUCGUCCGCAACGGGGACGUCUCGGGCGAGGUCAAGACGGGCGGUGCGAUUGUCAACAUUGCGUCGAUUGCGGCGUUCCACGGCGGCGUGGCCGGCGUGGCGUACACGACAAGCAAGUAUGCGGCGAUCGGCCUGACGACCAGCACAGCGGCCGCGUACGCGAAGCAGGGAAUCCGAUGCAACGCCAUCUGCCCCGGCAGCAUGGAGACGGCCAUUGCAGAGGACUCUGAUUACAGCAGCCUCGGCCAGCAAUUCGCUUCCGUGAUGAAAGUCAACGAGGUGUCUGCCGGUUUCGCAGACACCGGGCGGCUGGGCCGUCUUGUCGUGUUUCUGUGCGGCGAGGACGGACAAGACGUUAACGGCGCUGUCAUCAAGGUCGACCGCGGCUGGACGGCCAUCUAA